AUGUCAUAUGGCUCAGUCAACACACACGACGCUGAGCAACACCCGUACGGACAAGCGACCGCAUCCCCGAUAACAUCCACCGCGUUCCCUUCUCCGGCGUCCAUGUCGGGGCCUGACGCUACCACUACCUCCAUGGGCCCAACCGCGCUCUGCUCGCCCUCCGUCCAGUCUCCUGCGCUUCCUUCCUAUGGCCAUAUCACGCCAGACGAACCACCGCCGUUACAGCGAGGGCGGCCGCCUGAUACUAAGACCUCACCACCUCUGUCUCCUCUUAGUGUCGCAAGUAGCCACCCAGGCGCUGAACGGCCCGAACAAGCGCCUCGAAGAGCGUAUCAUCCCAACCCGCCAGCGCAACGCUCGGAAUGGGUCGCAUGGGCAGGGAAUGUCCCCUCCGACGCGACACACGACGAGCUCUGGCGCUUCUUCAACUCCCCGCCCAGCCCUGGAUCGACAAGCGCACUCUCCGCUGGGGCUCAGUCCACUCAGAGCGCACCGGCUGGCCUGGCCCCUCCCUCGCUCACCGGCUCCUCGGCAUCGACUGAGUCCCUGCACGGCGGCGUAUCGUCCAUCUUUCUCAUCACCCGCUCAAAUUGCGCGUUCAUCAACUUCCAGACCGAAGCGCACCUCCAUGCCGCGAUCAAGCAUUUCAACGGCGUGCCGUUACGGCCGAACGACCCACGUUGUCCGCGCCUCGUGUGCCGCAUCCGUGGUCGUGACGACGACCUCAAGGCCGGGGUCGGGGGUCAAAGAGGUGCCGGCGUGCACGUCCGCUGGGUCAAAGAGAAGCGCGAACGAGAGAAAGAGGCCCUACGCCGGCUAUCGAGCGCUUCUGGUACGUCGACGUCGUCCGCCGACCGCAUCACAUCGGCCUCGAUGUCGCCUACCGAUGCCCUACACGUACAAGGCCUGUCACUCUCGAGCGACGAUGAGGCGGGUCUGGGCCGGCGUAGGAGGCCAGACCCUCACUCGAGCAGCUCCGGCUCGUACGCGUCGACGAACUCGAGCAUCCUCACCACGAACUUCCCGAAGCGAUAUUUCAUCCUCAAAUCGCUUACGCAGCGUCGAGAAAGGCCUUUGGGCUACGCAGCGUCACAACGAGGGGAUCUGGAACAAGCUUACCGGACGAGCAAGGAGGUGUACCUCAUCUUCAGUGUCAACAAGAGCGGCGAGUUCUAUGGCUACGCAAAGAUGGCAGGCCACAUCUCUCGCGGAGAACAGCAAGUUUUCUGGGCCUCACGCACCUCUCGAGACAGCCCCACGACGAAAGGGAAGGAGAAGGAGGCGACGUUCUUCUCGCCCAGCGAACAGCGUUUCGACGAAUCGCCCUUCCCGAUGUCACCGGAGAGUAGGUCCAUGCUUGGGAAGGAGCAGAACUCUGCCCCCGCUGAGAUGUUCCAGCCUCACCAUCGACUCAGCCAAGCGACGGAAGGACCGCAUACGGCGGCGCAAGCCAGCUUCGACAUUCACGCCCUGAGGCCCGUCGCAGCUCUCAUCGCAACCCAGCACAAGUCGCAGUCCGUUCCUCGACCUGAGAUUGAACUCGACAAGUCGGCACCGUUUCGGGCGAUGCGAAAUCCAGAAACCGUGGAAUCCGAGGAGCGCAGUCCAGGUGGAGGCCGCGACACAGGCAAGGCCAUCGACACCUCGGCCGCCGCGACGCCCAUUGCGAUUUCCCCGCGUCCUCCGGUGGGCGAACGUUCCCGUGCCCAGGACGACGGUCCCACCUGGGGCGAGUCUUUCCGCAUCGAGUGGAUCCGCACCGACCGCCUUCCGUUCACGCGCACCCGGCACCUGCGCAACCCGUGGAACCACGACCGGGAGGUCAAGGUUUCGCGCGACGGGACCGAGUUGGAGCCUGGUGUCGGGCAAGCGCUCCUCGACGAGUGGGACAAGCCCGAACCGCCGCCCCCAGCAGCCAGCGCCUCUGUCGACGUCGGCCGACGUCUAACUGGCCGCGGGUCGAUCUCUGCGGAUGUGCUCUCUCCACAGGCGCACUCUCGGUCUGAGAAUCAAAAGAAAGAGGGUGCCAGGUAA